AUGGCCAUUAUUCGGAGCGUCUUUUAUGCUUUUUAUGCAAUCAUAUUCGCCAUCGGACUGCCAAGCAACUUGGUCAUUUUGGUGGUUUACGCGGCGAAGAAGAAAAAGAACGGAACAGACGUAUUCAUCAUGGGCCUGUCUGUCACCGACUUACUUUCCUCGAUGAUAUGCCUCCUUAAACUUAAGGUAUGGGUUGCAAGUGACCUCUAUUGCAAAAUCAAAUGGUUUAUGGACGCAUGGUUCAUAAGUGCUCAGUGGACGAUGACAGUAGCUAUUAGCAUUGACCGAUACUUAGCGGUGUGCUUUCCCGUUCACCGUCGGCCGACCGUCCGUCAAGCCAUCAUCAUUGUCGCCAUCAAUUAUGUGAUUGCGUUUACUUUAAUGGCACCAACUCUUCCGGCGAUACAUUACGUUGAACUCAUCGAAGACUGCAUGUACAAUCAAGACCUUAAAUGGUUCAUUACGUAUGAUAAAUAUGUUGGACAAUGGUUCCUAAUUAGCGUUAUCUGCAUGUCAUCGCUUUUUUACUGUCGGACCAUUUUUGCCCUUCGUCGCCUGUCAAAGAUUCACGCAAGACUUGUUGGCAAUCCAUCUAGCAAAUUGGCACCUUCAAGUGCCACUAAGCAUUCUUCGCACCUUGCACAAACCAAUACCAACAACUCUGGAGAGACCGCAUCAUGUGAACGGAUACCUGGUCAGGAAUCAGAUCAAUCCACUGUUUACCCCGUUUCGGGAAGCACUUUACCUGGAUGCAUCGAUACAUCUUUGAAUGUCCCGCCAAAAGAAGCAUCUUUACUUGCAACUACAAACGAGUCCUCUACAAUUCAAGGAUCACAAUGCAAUCUUGAAACCGUUUCUGGCAAACAUCUUGAUGUGACUGCUCCUACCAUUCCGAAAGGUGCAGCAUCGGUGGUCCCCAACGCUCCACCAUCCCAGAUGGUAGUAGACCGUGAUGACAAGAAUGACAGCCGACUGUCAGAAAAGAAAUUGACGACAACACUUGGUAUCAUUAUCAGUAUUCAGGUCAUCAGCUUGAUACCGUCAAUCAUCGGUAGAUAUAUACCCAUCGUAGUGAGGCAAGCAUUCAUGAGCAGAUCUAACGCACAUCAUACCCUUUAUGCCAUCAUCUUUCGCCUGUAUGAAGUUAACUCGUUCAUCAACAUGUUUGUUUAUUGGCGAUUAAACAAGGUUUUUCGCCACGAUUGUAAAGUUGUAUUCGGACGCAUUUGGCAGGUAGUCUUCAAAAAGUAG